AUGGAGGUGCUGGGACCAGGGGAGGGGGAGCUGUGGGCAUGGCUGGGGGAGGGAGAUGCAGCCCGGGGCGGGGAGCUGGCGGCGGGUAGCGAGGAGCCGCUGCCGCAGCAGCCGGACCCGCGUACGCGGCGCCGCGCGUUCCUGUGGUGCAAGGAGUUCCUGCCGGGCGCCUGGCGGGGGCUGCGCGAGGACCAGCUGCACCUCGCGCCCAUCAGAGGUGGCCUCAGCAAUGUGCUAUUCCAGUGUUCAUUACCUGACUCCGUAGAGACGAUUGCAGAUGAGCCACGAACAGUCCUCCUUCGUCUAUAUGGUGCAAUUCUACAGAUGAGAUCCUGUAACAAGGGAGGUUCUGGACAGGCUCAGAAGGAAAAUGACUUAACAGGGGCAGAAGCCAUGGUUCUGGAGAGUGUUAUGUUUGCCAUUCUUGCAGAGAGAGCUCUUGGCCCAAAACUGUAUGGGAUCUUUCCACAAGGCCGACUAGAAGAAUUCAUUCCAAGCAGAAAGCUAGACACUGAAGAAUUAAGCUUACCUGACAUAUCGGCUGAAAUAGCUGAGAAAAUGGCCAGAUUUCAUGGCAUGAAAAUGCCAUUUAAUAAAGAACCCAAGUGGCUUUUUGGGACAAUGGAAAAGUACUUAAAUCAAGUGCUAAAGAUAAAAUUUACCAAAGAAUCCCGAAUUAGAAAACUGAAUAAACUCCUCAGUUACAAUCUGCCCCAAGAAAUUAAAAGCCUGAGGUCUAUGCUGGAAGCCACUUCAUCACCCGUUGUAUUUUGCCACAAUGACUGUCAGGAAGGUAACAUUUUGCUUCUGGAAGGCAGAGAGGAUUCUGAAAAUCAAAAGCUGAUGCUUAUUGACUUUGAGUAUAGCAGCUACAACUACAGAGGAUUUGAUAUUGGAAACCACUUCUGUGAAUGGAUGUAUGACUAUACGUAUGAAAAAUACCCAUUCUUCAAAGCCAGUUUUCUGAAGUAUCCCACCAGGAAACAACAGCUUCAUUUUUUCUCUAACUAUCUGACUGCCUUCCAAAAUGGUUUUGAAAAUCUGAGCAAUCAAGAAAAGUUGAAAAUAGAAGAAGAAAUGUUGACAGAAGUCAAUAGGUUUGCCCUUGCAUCACACUUCUUCUGGGGCCUGUGGUCCAUUAUACAGGCAAAGAUCUCAUCCAUUGAGUUUGGCUACCUGGACUAUGCACUAUCAAGAUUUGAUGCAUACUUUGACCAGAAGAAGAAGCUUAAAGUAUGAAUGCAAGAAGAGUGGACAAUCUUACUGUACAAAGAAAGCAGCUGGACAAACUUCCACUGUGCUUAGGCUACUGUAUCUGUAAUGAAGGUGUUUGGAUUUCAAAAUAUUGGAAUCCAGAUGUUCAAUACUGAAGACUGCAAAAAUAACCGACUUGUUUACAGUUCAAGGAUCUUUGGAAUGAGAUUGGGAGGCAAAAGCAUAAUACAAACAGUGCAAUAUCCUUUUAAUCUAGAAAGCAUUUUUACAUUAUGGGAGAAGCUUACAGAUACCACAUGCAUCAAAAACAAGCAGUGUUACUAUGGGUACUUUUUCAGGGGGUUUUUUGACGUGCAGGUGAAUGUUACGUGACCAGAAUAGUUGUAAAUGGUAAUGCAUUGUAGACACUACUGGUUUAUUGAGAACCAAUUGUGUGUAUGCCGGGCAACUUAAACUGUGAAGUUGGCUGAAAGGCCUUGUUAGGAGAUUCCGUUCAAUGUGGCCUAUGAACACUCUUGAGAGAGCUGCUGGUACAUUUUAAAACACCCUUUAACCAUUUUGUUGUUAGACAUAUUAAAGCAGCCUGCUCUUAAAGUGCUGCCUGUAUUAAAGAUUAAUGUGCUUCUCCUUGGUGUCUCUGUCAACUGAAAUGUGAAUUAAUCUUGACCUAGAUACUCUGGAGAGAGUUGAAUGGCUUGAUCAUUCCACGUUCUUCACCAAGAACAUGCUUUAUUACCCAGGCUGGCUGUCUGAUGCUUGCACGGGGAGUUUUCUGGGCCGGCAGUAUUGGGAUGAGUGCCUUGAAUUAUGCUAAUUACUCUCCAAAUAACUGGAUUGCCAUUGAUGGUUCCAAUUAGAGCAAGUCCUCCUUGCUGAGCGUAGCUACAACCCUGCAGUGCAAGGAGAGGGAGGAAUGGGGAGGGGGUUGG